AUGGCCACCUCAAGUGGCAAGGGUGAAAAGGGGUCCAAAUUCGAGACACUAAGACUUUUGGAGAAAUGCAGAAAGGAAAGAGACGAUGCCGUGCACAGAGAAAGUGUUCUCAGAGAGAAACUCAGACAGUACGAGUCCAGGAUGCGUUCAACUGAAGCCCUGAAACAAAAGCUAAAGACCUUGACCAUGGACAACAAGGAGCUGAGGAAACAAGUGAAGGCUCUUCGUACUGAAAUUGGACUUGAGAGCAGCCCGAAGUUCAACGGGAAGACCACCAAGGACAUAAUCAGUGACCUGCAUGAAAAAGAUCGUGAGUGCAGUUCUCUGGUGGAGAAAGCCGGAAAACUGAGUCUGACCAUCGAUGACUUGACAGCCGAGUUGGCAAAUACAGUCACUUCCAAAACACUUUUAGAGGAUCAAGUACAGUCAUUACAGCAAAACCUCAAGGACAUGACGAAUAAUCAACGACGUCUGCUUAAGUUGUGGGAAGACAAGAAAACUCAAAAAGAUCAACUCGCCCUCCCUGCAAUUACCCAGAAGCCCGGACAGAAACCAAUCAUCCACAAAGCAGUUCAGACGGAAAUGUCAGUCAGCUCAACACAAAUGCUUCCACUCAAUGCAUUUGAAACCAAGCCAUUUUCAAGAGACAAUGACAAAAACACUGUUUUGGAUAAGCACAGUUUCCCCACUUAUGGAAAUGGAUAUCAUCAUGAUAAGAAAGCUUUCAUGCACGAUGAAACCAAAGGAGUUCAGCACUGA